CUCACUUGUAUGCGACACUCGCUUGUGGACGUCGUUAUUCAAAAAUUAUCUCCGUAUAAAAGAAAUAAUAAUUUUAUACGCCACGACUUCCGUUACUGUAACUGUAGAGCUCAAAUGCGCUAAACCGCAUACGCACUAGCGUCGGAAGCGGGAGCCGAGGCUACCCUGGCGGCUGGGACUUUUGAGAGAGAAGGGAUAUACCACGACUGAAACGAACGAGCGAACAAGCGAAUUGAUAGUGACGAGAGGUUGAACUACGAAUCGACACAUCAAAACCAUAUAAAGACACCAUGGCCGCCCCACGCGCUUCCUCCCCCAUCCUCCGCACCCUCCGCGCGCCGCUCACAGCAGCGCCCCGCCGUUCGAUACAAAGCCGCCUGCCCUUAUGCAGCGCGCGCUCAUUCUGUGUGUCGGUGAACAGAAUGGGGGGUUGGUGAAUGGGAAGAAGAAUGAGGGGGAGUUGGGGGUUGGGGAGCUGGAGGGGGCGGAGGGGGCGAUGGCGCCGAUUGUGAGGGUUGGGGAGGAUGAGGGGACUAUGAGGGCUAGGCUUGUUUACCAAUCCCGCAAACGCGGCAUCCGCGAAGCCGACCUCCUCCUCUCCACCUUCGCCGACGCCCACCUCCCCAACAUGACCCUCGCCCAAAUGACCGCCUACGACCGCCUCCUCGAUGAGAACGACUGGGACAUUUAUUACUGGGCUACUCAGCCCGAGGAGCCCGGGUCCACAUCUGGCUCACGGGGAAAGGCCACGGGUCCUACAUCAGGAAAGGCACCGGUGGAUGAGAAGGGGGGGGGGAUUGUGGAGCCGGCGAAGGGGGAGUGGGCGCAGACGCUGGGGACGUAUAGGCCUGCGUAUAGGCCUGUGCCGGGGAGGUGGGAGGGGAGUGAGAUUUUGGGGAGGUUGAGGGAGCAUGUUUGGUCGAGGAGGGCGGAGGGGGGGCAGGGGGGGGGAUGGCGUUUAUGCCCGGGUUGA